AUGGCUGAAGGCAGAACCAAUUCUAUUACAUCAUGGAAUGAUCUGGCAAGAAAAGUUUUGGCAAGGUUCUUCCCUUCAGGUAAACCUGCAAAGAUCAGAAGUGAGAUAGUCUCCUACAAACAGAAAGCGGGGGAGUCUUUAUACUCAGCUUGGGAGAGGUUCAAGGGACUGCUCAGAGACUGUCCUCAUCACAAUCAGACAAAUGCAGUGUUAGCUCACACUUUCAUAGAAGGGUUACAUCUUGAGACAAAUAUUGUGGUAGAUGCUGCAGCUGGAGGUCAAGUGUUGGAGAAAAGCUUUGGUGAUAUAUAUGUGUUAUUGAACAAAUUCGCCAAAAGCAAUCCUGAUUGGCAAGGAGAGAUAGGCAGACACACAGUGCAAAAAUCUACAGGGGUUCUCGAGUUAGAUGUCAUCUCGACAUUAUCAACGCACAUUUCCACAUUGACCAACCAUGUCAAUGAGAUGGCCUUGGUUAUUAACAAGCAACAAGCCCAGCCAGUGCAACAGGUGCAAAUCAAUAUUCCGCUAGUAGACAUCCUGCAAGAAGUGCCCAAAUAUGCAAAAUACAUCAAGGACAUAGUGGCAAAUAAAUGGAGGUUGACCGAAUUCGAGACUGUGGCACUCACUGAGGAAUGUAGCUCAAGAAUUCAAAGCAAGCUACCUCAGAAAUUGAAUGAUUUGGAUAGUUUCACUAUCCAAAUCUCGAUUGGUAAGCAUGCAGUCGAGCGAGCUUUGUGUGAUCUUGGAGCGAGCAUCAAUUUGAUGUUGUUGUCUGUGUUCAGACAAUUGGGGUUGGGUGAGUUGCGUCCAACAACGGUAAUCUUACAGUUGGUUGAUCGCUCCCUUGCUCGUCCUGAAGGAGUGAUUGAAGAUGUGUUAGUUCUAGUGGGUUCUUUCAUAUUCCCUGCUAAUUUCAUUAUCUUGGAUUACGAGCCUUAUUAG